AUGGCAAAGGGAGGGACCGGAGGGAUACUGUUGGUAGAGGGCGGCUUCGAUAAAUUACAGAAAAAGGAUAAGAAAGCAGGAGAAGAAAACCCGACGAUCUGCGAGAGACAACAACGGGUGAAGAGAAAGGUCACUGACAUCGCAAGCCACGUCAGAACUCUCGGCAGUAAGCCUAGCAACGGAUUCGUCAUCGAGCGAUUCGACUGCGUCCUCUUCAUCUUCCCUUACACCUUCGUGACGGACGAUCGCUGUCGCUCGGAGCUUAAAACGAUCGUACAAGACGUCAAAGACAGGAAAUACGUCUCUAAGAAAGCGGCGUAUGUUGGCGUGAUAGUGGUAGAAUCGGCACCAGCGGACUUGGAGACUCCCGUCAUACGUCUGACAAGAUUGCUGGAGAAGUAUCUGAAGUUGCCGCACUUCAGACAGCCUCAGAUUUGUUAUUUCGUGGAAAGAGACUCCAACUCGCCUGAAGUGUUGAAAAGUACCAUACGGGACGCCUUGGAGGAUAGGUCUGAGGAAGACCCGUACUUACAGAGAGAAAGCCGGCUAACCAGGAUGACGCGUUGCCUUCGACUACGGAAGAGACCAUCACACAGAGAGGGGGAACUAGAAAGGAAGCUUCGGGACCCCGGAGUGACCAACCUGCGUCAUGUUGUUGCUAGGAUGUGA